AAGUUGACUCUCUCUCUCUCUAGCUGAUAUUUUUUUUAAUGGAAGAUGAAUUAUUGAAUAUGCAUUUGGAAUCUUUAAGGUGCUUUGAUUCGUUUCGCUGUGUUGCUCUGGGGUUUUUCUUGUGUUGCUCUGUGAUUGGAGUUUUUGGAGGACUCAACCACUAGCAAUCGAAUUGAAACCUAGUGUUGCUUUUCUUGUCCAAGCCGAGUAAAAAGGUUCAUUUUUUUUGCCACCCUCAAAAUGGUCUCGAGGUCUUAUUCCAACUUACUAGAUCUCGCUUCUGGUGGUUCCCCGACCUUUGGCCGUGAGAGGAAAAGGCUCCCAAGAGUGGCAACUGUGGCGGGCGUGUUGUCUGAAAUUGACGACGAUAACACCAACAGUGUUGGCUCUGAUGCUCCUUCCUCUGUCUCCCAAGAGAGAAUGAUCAUUGUGGGAAAUCAGCUUCCACUGAAAGUUCAAAGAAGAGAAAAUGGUGAUUGGGAUUUCAGCUGGGACGAGGAUUCCUUACUUUUGCAGCUCAAAGAUGGCUUAGGAGAAGAUGCCGAAGUGAUUUACAUCGGUUGCCUCAAAGAAGAAAUUGACCUGGAUGAGCAAGAUGACGUGGCGCAAACUUUGCUCGACUCUUACAAAUGCGUUCCGGCAUUUCUCCCUCCCGAGCUCUUCAGCAAGUUCUACCAUGGCUUCUGUAAGCAGCAUUUGUGGCCUUUGUUCCACUACAUGCUUCCUCUGUCACCUGAUCUCGGCGGUCGGUUUGAUAGGUCCUUGUGGCAUGCUUACCUUUCUGUGAACAAGAUAUUUGCUGAUAAAGUGAUGGAAGUGAUUAGCCCUGAUGAUGAUUUUGUCUGGGUUCAUGACUAUCAUUUGAUGGUUUUGCCCACUUUUUUGAGGAAGAGGUUCAACAGGGUGAAGCUUGGAUUUUUCCUCCAUAGUCCUUUUCCUUCAUCUGAGAUAUACAGGACUCUUCCUGUGAGGGAGGAACUCCUGAGAGCACUUCUGAAUUCUGACCUUAUUGGAUUCCAUACCUUUGAUUACGCCAGGCAUUUUCUCUCUUGUUGUAGUAGAAUGCUCGGCGUGUCGUAUCAGUCCAAACGAGGCUACAUUGGGCUUGAGUAUUACGGUCGAACUGUUAGCAUCAAGAUUCUCCCCGUUGGGAUACACAUUCGCCAGCUUGAAUGUGUGUUGAAUCUCCCCGAGACAGCAUCAAAAGUCGCGGAGCUGCAAAAUCAGUUCAGGGGCCGCACUGUCUUGCUUGGGGUUGAUGACAUGGAUAUCUUCAAGGGUAUAAGCUUGAAGCUUUUGGCCAUGGAACAGUUGCUCAUACAACAUCCUGACAAGAGGGGCAAAGUUGUUCUGGUACAAAUUGCGAACCCUGCAAGAGGGCGGGGGAAAGACGUGCAGGAGGUGCGGUCUGAGACGCAUGCCACAGUGAGUAGGAUCAACAAGACAUUUGGAAGGCCAGGAUAUGAGCCUGUGGUCUUGAUUGAUACCCCACUUCAGGUGUAUGAGAGAAAUGCUUAUUAUGUCAUUGCAGAAUGUUGUCUUGUUACAGCAGUGAGGGACGGAAUGAAUCUUAUACCCUACGAGUACAUAAUAUGUCGGCAAGGCAAUGAGAAACUAGACGAGACUUUGGGGCUUAACCCGACAAGCCACAAAAAGAGCAUGCUAGUUGUAUCUGAGUUCAUUGGCUGCUCCCCGUCACUAAGUGGUGCAAUUCGGGUUAACCCGUGGAAUAUUGAUGCUGUGGCUGAAGCUAUGGAUUCUGCCCUUGUAGUCUCUGAGGCAGAGAAACAGAUGAGGCAUGAGAAGCAUUACAAGUAUGUUAUUACGCAUGAUGUUGCAUAUUGGGCGAGGAGUUUCUUUCAGGAUUUUGAGCGGGCGUGUAGGGAUCAUGUGAGGAGGAGAUGCUGGGGAAUUGGUUUUGGUUUGGGAUUUCGGGUUAUUGCAUUGGAUCCAAGUUUCAGAAAGCUUUCUGUCGAGCAUAUUGUUUCGGCUUAUAAGAGGACUAAGAACCGAGCAAUCCUCUUGGAUUAUGAUGGUGCUCUGAUAACAUCGAGUUCGAUUAGUGCGACUCCUAAUGCCGAGGCUGUCGGAAUUUUGAACAGCUUGUGCAGAGACCCUAAAAAUAUUGUUUUCCUUGUUAGUGGGAAAGACAGAAAGACUUUGACUGAAUGGUUUUUGUCCUGUGAGAAGCUGGGAGUUGCAGCAGAAUACGGUUAUUUUCUGAGGACAAACCAUGAUGCAGAUUGGGAAACUUGUGUGUCCAUUCCAGACUUUGAUUGGAAGCAAAUUGCUGAACCUGUAAUGCAGUUAUAUACUGAAACGACCGAUGGUUCUACGAUAGAAGCCAAAGAGAGUGCUCUUGUUUGGAACUACCAGCAUGCCGAUCCAGAUUUCGGAUCUUGUCAAGCGAAGGAGCUUCUUGAUCACCUUGAAAGUGUUCUUGCCAACGAGCCAGUUUCUGUCAAGAGCGGCCAGCACAUUGUAGAAGUUAAACCUCAGGGCGUGAACAAGGGUCUCAUAGCAGAACGUCUCCUCUUGACAAUGAAGCAGAAAUCAAUACUUCCGGACUUUGUUCUCUGCAUUGGGGAUGACAGGUCGGACGAGGACAUGUUUGGAGUGAUAAUGAAUGCCAAAGACUCUCUAUCUCCCGUUGCUGAACUCUUUGCUUGCACCGUAGGCCAGAAACCAAGCAAGGCCAAGUAUUACUUGGAAGACACAACUGAGAUUCUGAGAAUGCUGCAGGGCCUUGCCAAUGCUUCGGAGCAGGCGGCUAGAAAUGCUCCACAAGGUUCUCAACGAGUGGUUAUUGCGUAGAGUACAUAGGCUUCUCUCUCUCUCUCUCUCUCUUUUCUUUUCUCACUCCCUAAUCAUCACGAACAGCGGGUUGGCCUGUUUGGAUAUUUCUUGAGGUGUUGCUAGAUGUCUGUCUAUUUAUCGAAAUAGGCAAAGUGGUAUGUUUGACUGUGGUUUCGCUGCCUGGCAGUUAUCUUGUGCAUGUUGAUUGUUUGUAGCGA